AUGCCGUUCAUCGCCAACACGCCAGAAUCGCUCGUCGCGCGCUCCGACUCUAGAAACCCGUCAACGACAUGUCGUGGUAUCACAUCAAGCGGCCGCACCUGUCGUCGCCGUAUUUCGCCCUCGGGUCUGGAUCAGAAGGCAGUCGGUGGAAAUCGGCACUUUGGCAGUAGACUCCGCGUAGACGACCCCCGCGAUGAACGACUCUAUUGCUGGCAGCACAAGGAACAGGCGAGCAUGUCAGCUCGCUCGAGCCCAGGCCCACAGACAUCACCCUCCCCCAUCCUCGAAGAACGCACGAGCUUGGAUACGCUCGCCGACAGGCUGAAUCUUCUUAGCAUGACGGAUGGCUACGGCGGCAAACGAACGACAGGUGGCGCAGGUGUGCGACCCUCUACGUCGCUCAAAUCGCCAGGGGCACGAACCCAGCGGCCACGGUCCAAGACGUCAAGGACAGCCUUCUUUUGUUUCUGCUUCGAGAUCCCGUCCGACGAAGCUUCCUUACCAUCACCUCGCCCACGUCCACAGCCGGCCCAGUUGUCUGGCAUUUCCUCGUCGUCGGGAUCUGCCCAUGUGGCCCACGCGCGUGGCAAGGGCAAACAGACAGUUGAGCAAACAUAUCGGGACCGGACAUCGCCCAGAAGUCACCACCACCAGCCAGGAUCUCGAAAACCCUCGACUGCGUCACGAACAGCGCAAUAUCUAGCCUUGGUCCCAAAGACGGUGUCACCACAGACCGCAUCUAGCCUGAUGGCCGAAUUGGCCAAGCCCUUCUCUCAGGUCGAUGAACCGGGAUAUAUUUACAUGUUUUGGCUCACGCCCGAGUCGCUGCAGGUCGCUCCGCCGACCGAGGCCGCCCGCUCUCUUCUAUUACCUCCAACUCGCCCCGACGGCGGCGACUGGCGGCGUGCCAGCGACAUCGUUGCAUCCUUUGCCGCAGGCGGUGUGUCUGGAAACAACGGCGGUGGUAUAGACAGAGGGGAUUCGAGAUCCGAACGCAGAAGCAAUGCCGACGGAGAAAGUGUGACGAAGGUCAUGAACCGGAGCACCGAGAAGAAUAGUGCCUUACUUCUCAAAAUUGGCCGGGCCAAUAAUGUUCAACGCCGUCUCAACGAGUGGACGCGGCAAUGUGGCUACAAACUGUCGCUUAUAAGAUUCUAUCCUUACAUUCCGUCUACCUUGCGCAGCCUUGGGAUGUCCAGCGAGGUUGUGCCGCGGAAGAUACCGCACAGCCACAAAGUCGAGCGCCUUAUUCAUUUAGAACUUGCUGGGCUUGGACUACGGGUUGCGGAUGGUGAUAGGUGCGGAGUUUGUGGGAGGGAACACCGAGAGUGGUUUCGGGUGGAAGCGUCACGGAAGGCCAUCGCGGACGUAGAUAGUAUCAUCCGGCGCUGGGUUCACUGGGACGAAGGUCGCCCGUGA